AUGUCCAAGAAUCUUUAUCAAAGUAACACGGCAAGCAUGCAGCAUAUAAAUAAGAGUGGGCAGUAUGGUAUUGCAUUCAUAACCCACUUGAGGAGAAAUAUGGCACACUUCCUAAAGCCUUCUCACCUUCUUCUCUUUGUUUUCUCUCUCUCGUUACUUCAAUCCAUUCUACCAACAAGACCAGAGGGAGAAGCUCUUGUGAAAUGGAAGAAUAGCCUAGCCCCUUCUUCUUUUCUCGAUUCUUGGUCACUCACCAAUCUCGAUGAUCUUUGUAACUGGACUGGCAUUACUUGUAACUCUGCAGGUUCAGUCUCUGAGAUUAACCUUUAUGAGAAACAACUUGAUGGAAUGCUGUCCGAGUUUGGCUUCACUUCAUUUCCGAAUCUCAACAAUCUCACCCUCGCAUACAACUUCUUCUCGGGUCCAAUUCCACCAGCCAUUGAGAAUUUAACACAGCUUCAAUAUCUUGAUUUAAGCAUCAAUAGUCUCGAUGGUCCCAUUCCGUUCCAGCGCGUGAAUCAAUAUUUGCCAAUCUGCAUAAUCUUGAAGUCCUCAGUCUUGUUGGCAAUUCUUUUGAGGGGGUCAUUUCCGCCAAAUAUAUUCAAGCUUUCCAAAUUAAAACGUCUCACCCUGUCAAGUAACAAAUUUUUAGGAUCAAUUCCCAAUGACAUAAGGUUGCUUUGUGAUCUUGAAUUCCUAUAUUUAGGAAACAAUUCUUUUGAAGGACCGCCUCCACCAAAUAUAUUCAAGCUUUCAAAAUUAAAACAUCUUGUUCUCUGGAGUAAUAAGUUUUCAGGUUCUGUUUCCAAUGAUAUAGGUUUGCUUUCUGCGCUUGAACUUCUGAAUCUUCACUCUAAUUUUUUUGAGGGGCCGCUUCCGCCAAAUGUAUUCAAGCUCUCUAAACUAAGGUUUCUUAACCUCUGGGGUAACAACUUUUCAGGUUCUGUUUCCAAUGAUAUAGGUUUGCUUCCUGAGCUAGAAAUCCUCAAUCUUCACUCUAAUUUUUUUGAGGGGCCGCUUCCGCCAAAUAUAUUCAAGCUCUCUAAACUAAGGUUUCUUAACCUUUGGGGUAAUAACUUUUCAGGUUCUGUUUCCAAUGAUAUAGGUUUGCUUCCUGAGCUAGAAUUCCUCAAUCUUCACUCUAAUUUUUUUGAGGGGCCGCUUCCGCCAAAUGUAUUCAAGCUCUCUAAACUAAAGUUUCUUCAUCUUCGAGGUAAUAAGUUUUCAGGUUCUGUUUCCAAUGAUAUAGGUUUGCUUCCUGAGCUUGAAAUCCUCAAUCUUCGCUCUAAUUUUUUUGAGGGGCCGCUUCCGCCAAAUGUAUUCAAGCUCUCCAAACUAAGGUUUCUUUCCCUUAAGGAAAAUAAAUUUUCAGGUUCUGUUUCCAAUGAUAUAGGUUUCCUUUCUGAGCUUGAAUACCUAUAUCUUGACUAUAAUUUAUUUGAAGGAAGUAUUCCUAUUGGACUGGGACUCUUGACUAACCUCAGCUACUUAGAUCUAAGUUCCAAUAAUCUCAGUGGCUAUAUUCCAUCUGACAUUGGAAACCUGAAGCUACUAGUAUUUCUUGAUCUCAGUUCUAACCAAUUGACUGGACCGCUUUUAAAGAUCGUUUCUAAUCUCACAAAUCUUAUGAAUCUUGAUGUAAGUGAUAAUAGUCUUAGUGGAAAUAUUCAGAGUGACUUGUGGAAGAACUCUAUAUCCUUACGUUACAUUAAUUUUGCAAAUAAUUAUUUGUCUGGGAACAUUCCUAAGGAAUACAACGAUCAUCCAACUUUGGAAUACAUCAAUUUAAGUGGGAACCAUUUUACAGGUGAGCUUCCAACAACAAUUUGCAAUGUCACUUCCCUUGCGGUUCUUGUUUUGUCAAAUAAUGGAUUAAGUGGAGCACUUCCAAAUUGUUUCGGGAAACUUGCUGAUAGAUUGCUUUCCAUUAAUCUUGCUAAUAAUCAGUUUCGAGGAACAAUACCAACUACUUUCUCCAGGAGUUGUCAGGUGAAAUAUCUAAACAUGGAUAAUAAUGAGUUUGAAAGAUUCUUGCCCCCGUCUUUGGCGAACUGUAAGCACUUGAAAAUUCUUGAUAUUGGCAAUAAUAAAAUAGGUGGUACAUUUCCGUCAUGGCUUUAUGUACUUGGAGAGAUAGAAGUCCUUGUCUUGCGAUCAAAUAAACUCUAUGGUACAAUAAGUGGAAGGAGCGUAAAAGAUCCCUUCCCCAAGUUGCGGAUUGUGGAUCUGUCCAACAAUCAAUUCACUGGUCAUUUGCCAAUUCAAUACUUUAAGAAUAUGAAAUCAACUGAUAAUUUGUAUCGUUAUCAGAAUUCCAAAGGAUAUCUAUCUUUCCAUCAUGAUGCAGCAGUCUCCUUAACUGUGAAGGGAACGGAGUAUGAGGUAGCAAAGAACCUUCAUAUUUACACAGCCAUUGAUCUGUCGUGCAACAAAUUUCAGGGACAAAUUCCAAAGGUCACUGGAGAGCUUAGAUGGCUUGCAUUGCUCAAUUUAUCGCAUAAUAGUCUAACAGGACCUAUCCCAUCAUUGCUGAGAAAUAUGAAAGAACUCCAAUCUUUAGAUUUGUCUUCAAAUCAACUGACAGGGGCUAUUCCACCUCAGCUAACUGCAUUGACAUUUCUAGAGGUCUUGAACCUCUCGAAAAACCAUCUUAGUGGAGAGAUUCCUCAGAAAGGACAGUUCAGCACAUUUAACAAUGAUUCUUAUCUAGGAAACUCCGCGUUAUGUGGAUUACCUUUGACAAAGAAAUGUGCAAACACAGCAUCACCUCCACAAGAAGUUGUAAAUGGUGAUGAAGAUGAUGCUGGUGAUGAAAUGACAUGGGAAGCAAUCGUGAUGGGAUAUGGAUGUGGACUGAUAUGUGGAUUGUCAUCUGCGUACAUUGUUCUCAAACUAGGAAAGCCUUGGUGGUUUGUGAGAUAUAUCGAAGUACUGCAACUGAAGUUGAUGAAAAGAUAUGCAUGAAGAAUGGUACUGGCCGAUCAAGACGAACUUGAAAGUUGUUGUCCUUGUGGACAUUUCUGAACCAGUAGUGUACUAGCUACAUAAGUAUUUAGUAUUAUGUAAUAAUCCGUUUGGUCGGGACUCAUAAUGAUUUCUCUUGCUUCAGGGGUAUUAAUAUUAAACUUGCUAUCUUGAUGAAUGUUAAUGUAAAUUAAAAAGAAUAUAAAAUCAAAAAAUUUAAAUCAAACACCUGUUGUACCAAGAUCCAUUAAUUUGCUUUAGUCUCUUACAUAACAAUUUAAUAGCACACUUCCACACUGUUCACACGUGU